AUGUUUGGUUCAAAACCUGCUACCUUUGGGUUUGGUGAUACAUCUAGCUUUGGAAGCUCUACACCUUUUGCACAAAGUUUUGGAACUCCAGCUUUUGGUACCCAGAGCACAUCUACUGGAAGCUUAUUUGGAUCCCCAGCCACAACAACUUCAGGAGGGUUAUUUGGUACCCAACCAACAUUUGUCCAGCCAAGUUCUGCAUUCUCUUUUAAUAGUACUCCAAGUACAUCAAGUGGCUUAUUUGGCCAACAGUCACAAGGAAACAGCUUAUUUUCACAACCAACCAGCAAUGCUUUUGCAAAAACUACAAUUUCAUCCUUUGGGUCAUUUGGAACCAACACACCUAGUACAAAUCUCUUUGUUAGAAACCAACCCUCAGGAACUAUUUUUGGACAGACCAAUACAAUGUUUGGACCAACUGGAACUGGUACUAGCACAAAAUUCCAGCCCCCUGUUAGUCAAGAUACAAUGGUCAAAGGGGGCAGUACAAAUAACAUAAGCACGCGGCAUCAGUGUAUUUCUGCCAUGAAAGAAUACGAAGACAAAAGUCUUGAGGAACUUCGAUUAGAAGACUACAUGGCUGGUCGUAAGGGAAAGCAGCAACAGCAAUUGGUACAACCUCAACAGCAGCAACCAGCGCAAAGUACAAGUUUGUUUGGCACCCCAACCAGCCAGGCCACAGCUGGGUUUGGUUUUGGGCAGAAUAAAUCCACUGGUUUUGGAAAUACAACUGGCUUCGGGAAUGCACGCAGUAAUACCAGUAUAUUUGGUCAGCCACGAGCCCCAUUGACCAGUUCUGGUUUAUUUGGCCAACCAAGUAAGCCCUUAUUCGCAAACCAAUCAGAUUCCUCAAGCUUUACUUUUGGUACAAACACAAAUACUGGUUCCUUGUUUGGGGCAAAUCAACAACAGAACAAGGGAUUAUUUGGAAAUACCACAUCACAAUCAAACUUGUUUGGGACCACAAAUACAGCAACAUUUGGUGCAAGUGCAACGGGUUUUGGCACCAAUUCAACGACACCAGGAUUGUUUGGAAACAAAUCUAUGAACUUCAAUACACCAAGCACAAAUUCCUUUACAUUUGGGCAAAAUACUGGAAACAGUCUUUUCACUAAACCACAAACUUCAACAUCGUUCCCUUUUGGAGCUAACACAAGUACACCUGGAUUUGGUAACAACACUGGAACAAGUCUUUUCAACAACAAAACAUUCAACACAAAUUCAACACUCGGAAAUAAUCAAUCAGCUUUCAACUUUAGUUCCAGUAACGCACCAAACCUCUUUGGGAAUCAGAAAUCUUUUGGUGCAUUUAAUCUAAAUGUAAAUCCUAAUCCAUGUUUUGGCACAGGCCUUGGUACAGGUUCCAGCAAUAUGUUUAAUCUUGGUGGCAAUACUUCUACUCUUGGAAGCAAUACAAUGUCUUUAUCUGGAGCCACAUCUGACCAGGCCAACCUUCAGCAACACUUAAAAUUGUUGACGCAUAAUCCAUAUGGGGAUUCGUCCUUGUUCAUGAAUUUGAAUGAUGUAAGUUUUUGA